AUGCAAUUUCUGAUUACACAGAACACACCACAGUUUACGAACGAUAUUGCCUGUUGCUUGGUGCCGCUGUUUGUGACUGUCACCGAGAAGAACUUCUUGGAUCCAGCUGGCUAUGGGCUUCCUCUGGAGUUUGUCGAAGUUCUCCAUCAAGGUGGCGCUGGUUGCAGGAGCAGUGAAGCUUUCAAUAGACAACGACAUUUGGUCUCUAAGCACUACAAAUGUUAG